ACAUCGAUAGUGAGACGUUUACUGUCGGAUAAGUUUGAAGAAAUACAUAAACCGACGAUUGAAGAGCUCUAUCAGAACGACUAUAAACUCAAAGACUCUGAUCUCACACUCACUCUGGAGUUAUUGGACACGAGUGGCAGCUAUACCUUCCCAGCAAUGCGAAAGUUAGCGAUGAGUACUGGAGAUGCGUUUGUAUUGGUUUAUGCGAUCGACGACAUGGACUCCUUCGAUGAGGUGACCCGACUUAAGGACGAGAUCUUAGCGCAAAGAGGGCCUGAUAUACCACCCAUUGUCACGGUUGGCAAUAAAUCAGCAAUGCGAAAGUUAGCGAUGAGUACUGGAGAUGCGUUUGUAUUGGUUUAUGCGAUCGACGACAUGGACUCCUUCGAUGAGGUGACCCGACUUAAGGACGAGAUCUUAGCGCAAAGAGGGCCUGAUAUACCACCCAUUGUCACGGUUGGCAAUAAAUCAGAUUUAUCGGAGAAACGUGUGGUGAAGAAAGAAUUGGCCGAAACCGUGAUAAACAUCGAUUGGGAAAUGGGUUUCGUUGAGUGUUCGGCCAAAAGCAAUGACAAUGUAAUAUGGAUUCUACGAGAACUCGUCCGACAAAAACAAUCCCAAUAUAUACUACAAACACAAUCGAUGGCCAAAAGGGAACCAUUACUUAUAGCAUCGCCUCGUAUUAAACCCCGAAAGGUUGCCCUAAAGCCCCAGAGCUGUACCAUCUCUUAAACGCC